CGCGAGGCGACCAGGACUUCGGCUUCAACAGGUGGCCAAUAUCGUAAGACCAAGCCUCUCUCAGACUAGGCCAUUGUUCCUUAAUUGCAGAUGUUUCAAGAUGCCUCCGUCCCUCGUCGUCACUCUCCCGCCAUACGAUACGCUGAAGACACAGUAGUAGUAAGUUAGCUAGUAGAACAAUGGAUGGUUUGACUGCUGCUCUGUCGUAAGUCAAGUCGAGUUGGAGAAAACGCCGCCGCCGCCGCCGCCGCUGCUGCUGCUGCUGCUGCAAUGUUCCAACAACCCAACAUCAAACAACUCCUCACCACCACCACCACCACACAACAGUCUAUCUAAAUAGUCUAAUAACCACGUCGUUCCAUUUCAAGCACCGUGCCUGGCGAUCUUCGCUUUUUCUGCUGCUUUUCUUUUUUGUGCUCAUCCCAUUUCUUCUUCUUCUUCUUCUUCUUCUUCUUCUUCUUCUUCUUCCUUUCUGUGUUCACUUCCCUCUUGACUGAUCUGAUUGAUUGAUUAUUGCUGAAACGCAAUUUCUCGAAAGCACCGCCCGCCUUGUGCAGUAUUUAAAAUAAAUAGUACCCGAAGGCUAUUUUUUGGGUUGUUCUCAUACGCAAACCAACCAUUCCAUUCCUCCUUAAUAUACCUGUCCAUGUGGAGUUAAUUUUAGUUCAUCUUUCUUACCCCAUCCCAUCCGCUGUACUAAGAAUUUAAUUUAUCCAAUCUGGUCGAAACAAAACUGUCUAUGGACUCCGCCUUCUCUACUUCUUAGCAAGGCUUAAAUAUUGUGAACGACCGACAUCUGCUACACUACAUGCACACGACCAGCCAUGGUAUCCAGCAGCGCGGAGAAUACGGACUAUGAAGCUGAUGCCUUCGAAGACGCACAAGAUACUGCUGCACAACGUCCCGAAUCCCCUAUUCCCCAAAGCGCUACCCGCUCUCUAACCGACCGUCGACCUUCCAAUGGAUCUCUGACCACCCCGCGCGCCACCACCCACCCUCCCUUGCCCAUACCAGAGAUGAAACCGAGUGGCCAGGAUGAUACGCUCUCACCAGUAUCUCCUGUGGGAGGUGACGAGACCCCGAAGAAACAGAAACCUGCAAAAUCACCCCUAUUAACUGCUCACCGCCUCUCCACAACGUCUCUCGAUGAAAUCAAUUUAGCUGCGCCAAAGGAAGGGGACGAGGACGAGAAAACGCAACAGCCAUCCUCAGACUCGUCAACUGGCCCUCCCCCCCUUCCCUCGAGAGACUCCCAGAAGCAAACUGGCCGCCUACAAGGUUUCUCCGCUUCCCUCCCGUCCGUACCGUGGGGACCCCCGCCAUCAACCAAACAUCAACCACCCACAACCCAAUUAGCGAAUCCACCCCAACCCUCCCGGAAACUUACUAGUCCGUUUUCCUGGCUUUCGCGGGCUAGUACGGGCGGUAAAGAUGUAAAACCCUCCUCCGGGUCUGUGGAUAGCCGGAGAAACACAGCGGCUUCGAUAUCGACAGUGGGUAGCAAUCCUGAGUUGCUGGCCCGGUUACAGGAAGGCAGUGAUGGGGAUUCCGCGAGCCUGGAUUCGAGGAGGCAAUUGCGGAACAGCUUGAGAGACCAAUUCAAGCAGCUAAGAAUGCGGAACGAGGGUGUUUCUGAUGAAGCAGCUAGUGUCACCUCUGGCCAGGAUGAUGGCCGAACCAGCGUCAUUGGGAGUCCAGCAAGCGGAUCGGAUAGGGGUGAAACUGGGCUUGCUGCUCCAUCUGCUUCAUCCCCUGUGGCAACAUCCCCAGGUCUGCCUCCAACCGUCAAUCCGAACCUAGCUCCUGGCACCGUCUCUGGUAUAUCCUCCUCCGCAACCGAUGCCUCGGCUCCUGUUGAUUGGGAGCUAUGGCAACAUAUCGUCAACCUGGGGCCGGAGGCCCUUAAAGGAUCCAAUGCCGAAGAGUUGAAUGCUGCUAUCAAGAGAGGUAUUCCGCAAACGAUCCGUGGAGUUAUUUGGCAAGUUCUUGCGGACAGUAGGAAUCCCGAAUUGGAGGAUGUGUAUAGAGAACUCCUAGCGCGGGGCACGGAAAAGGAUCGAGAUCGCUACUGGAGCAUCAGCUCUGCCAUAACUCUUAGCGGCCAAGGGAAUGGAGUGUCCAAGGAUAAAGAGAAGGAAUCACUCACCUCUUCCCGGUCCUCAGUUGAUUCCGGCCGUUCGAGUCCCACAGCUAACUCAACCAAUGGCGUCGUCUCUCCCCUUUCAAUACCGGAAAAGGAUUCGGAAACGGUAUUAAAAGCACAGGCAAGUCUCGAAGCCGCUCGGAAGAAAAAAUCAAAGGAGGAUGCCAUCGCUCUUCAGAAACUGGAGAAGGCUAUCAGGCGGGACCUGGGGUCGAGGACAAGUUACUCGAAAUACUUCUUAUCACAGCGCAACCAGGAUGGUUUGUUUGGACUCUGCAAAGCCUAUGCACUAUACGAUGAAGGGGUGGGCUAUGCUCAAGGGAUGAACUUCAUUGUUAUGCCUUUAUUAUUUAAUAUGGAUGAGGGUGAAGCAUUUACUCUUUUGGUUAAGUUAAUGAACAAGUACCGCUUACGAGAUAUGUUCAUCCAAGACAUGCCAGGGCUUCACAUGCGCUUGUACCAGUUCGAGCGCUUACUAGAGGAUCUGGAACCUGCCCUGGCUUGUCAUCUACGUCGACGUGGAGUUACUCCCCAGCUCUAUGCGACGCAGUGGUUUCUGACAUUGUUUGCAUACCGAUUCCCGCUACAACUUGUCCUCCGCAUCUAUGAUUUGAUCUUCGAAGAAGGGCUAGAGCCCACAAUCCUCAGAUUCGCUGUCGCGAUCAUGCAGCGGAAUACCGAGGCAUUGCUAGAGAUGAACGAUAUGACUUCGCUGACUAAUUUCCUAAAAGAAAAAUUAUUCGACGUCUAUAUCGACCAACAACCUUCUGCAAGUUCGAUUCUCGAGUCCGGUUUCUUCGGCAGCUCUGGUUCCUCGGACAAAGAGGUCUAUCGUGCUGAUCUUAUGGUCCAAGAUGCAUGCGCUGUCAAGCUUUCGAAUGACAUGAUCAAAACGUAUACUGCAGAGUGGGAAGAGAAGGUCCGCGUGGAAAAGGAACAGGCUGCUGAGCUUGAAGGGUUAAGACACACUGUCGCAACACAGGCUGCUCGCAUCCGCUUGCUUGAAGAGCGCGCGGAGAAGUCGGACACAGAACAUGUGCAGCUUGCGUCCGAACUAGUUCGCCUCAAGGUGGAGAAUGAGGAGCUCAGGGAUGCCAAUGAAAGUUACAAGGUUGAGGUUCAGGAGCUGAAGAUUGUUAUUGACCGACAACCUGCCGAGUUGGAAGAAACGCUGAGGACCGAGAUGGAUCGGAUUAUGAAGCGGAAUAUUGAGGUGCAGAACGAGAAUAGGGCGAUGGAGGAGCAAAUGGCUGAGAUGGAGAAGGAUCUGGUUGAUACGAAACUGAAGUGGGCGGAGAUGUCCGAAGAACAUGAAAGCCUCAAGCAAAAGUGGGUUGACCUACGAAAGGCCCUUGGUUAAUAACGGGGAAACCGAAAGUCAAAUAUCUAGUCCCCCUACCCUACCCCUUCCCUCCCUCCUUAGCGAUACCACUUGCAUUGUACCCAAACUUUCUCAUUUUAUUACCCUUUGCACAUCCACCACGGCUUCAUAAUUUUGCAUCCUAUCAACCGUCAACAUAAAUACAUACGUUCAUAGAUAACAGUAACAAAUACCUGCUUCCAUCUGCAACACCACCGCGUCACACCAACCACAACAACCAUGAGCUACGCAGAAUCGCUGACCAUUGCACGGUACCGGUACGAAUUAUUCCAACAUGUGUGCAUUUCUUCAGAAUAUUUUUUGAACAAUCAAUUGUUAAGACUUCCCAGUCUUCUCCGGGUUUUGCUCCUCAUUCCUCCUUCUUUCCCUACCAUGUUAACACUUUUUUAAUGAUGUCUUGCAAUGCGAUCCUUAUGCUCUUCCUUCUUGGUUCUUUUAUGUUUAAAGCCGAGUCUGGAUUUUUUUCCUGUCUGCCUUUUGCCGUCUCCAAAUAAUUACGGAAGUAGCGGGGCCCGUUGGAUGCGUUGGAUCGAUCUACUUACGCACUCGGUACAUUACCUUCUCAACUGAACACCCACCACACCCUUACAGGUAGCCCAUCAGCGAUUUUUAUUUUCUUCACUGCCAUGUAGUUUUGUAUGCUUGUAUGUUAUUCUACGUUCGUCUAUGUCAUGUCAUCCAUCCAUCCAUCCUGUUUCUACUUCUUCAAGUGCUUUCCUUCUUUCAAUUCCACUCUCCUUUUUUUUUUUUUUUUUUUUUGUUAUCUACAGUGUCUUGCUUAUAUCUCCCUACAUUCGUUCUCCUCUAUGAUAUUAGUAACUUGCUAUUUGAAAGAUUUUUGAGACGGAGUAUUCAUGCCGUAUGUUCCUCUUUUAUUUUCCUCUUUGUAUUUCUCUGUACAGGCGCUUCUCUGCGCUUGUCCUACGACUUACUGCAUGCACUAUUCGGCAGCCACGUUCGGUCAUGCACACCGUCGUGCAUAAGCGGGGAUAUGGGGCCAGUGUUGCCCUCAAUGACACCACCUAGAUGCAGAUGGAAGAAUUGAGAAAAGGGGAUUCGAAGAGAGGAGGUUAAAUAAACACUUGUCGGAGUUGGAAAUACAGUACCAUGAUGCUCUUGCUCUUGUCUCUAGAUUUCCAAGACAGCUCGUACAUUUAUUCCCUACCGAUCGUUCCUUCGCAAACCACUCGCUGUUUCUACGGAACCCACAACCAACAAGGACACACACGUGAAAAGCUGAAAAUCGAAAAUUGACCCUACUCAAAGGUUCCCUCUAGCCGCCUGCUCCCUCUCAAAUGCCUCAAACAAACUCUUAAAAUUCCCCGCACCAAACCCAUCAAAAUUAUUCCGCUGAAUCACCUCCAAAAACACCGUCGGCCGAUCCAGCACAUGCUUCGUGAAUAUCUGCAGUAGGUACCCUUGCUCGUCGAAAUCUAUCAAGAUGUUCAGCGCCUGCAGUGAAUCUAUGCUUUCUUUGAUGACUAGGCUUCCCCCUUUAUUGCCGUCCGUGUUCCCGGCACCGAUGGCAGCGAGGCGAGUGCGCAUCGCAUCAUAAUAUGUUGUGGGCACGGAUAGAAACUCUACGCCCCUUUUGCGCAAAUUGGUUACAGUGCUGAUGAUGUCGUGGGUGCGGAAGGCGAUAUGUUGCACCCCUGAGCCGUUGUAGUAGUCGACGAAUCUGUGGAUAUUAAUAUAUUGAUACUCAUUUUUGCCUAUGGAUGAAAUGGAUAUUGGAUAUUAUUGGGCAUGAUUUUUUCUUACUCUUCAAUUUGUGAUUUCUUCUUGCCCACUGCUGGCUCGUUCAGGGGCAUUUUGAUGACUUCGUUAGGUGAUGCGACGACGAUGGAGCGCAUGGCGGAAUAGUCGGAGCACAUGGUUUUAUCGUCGACGGUCCAGUACCGGUGGAAGUCAAGACAGUCUUCGUAGCUAAUAUAUCCGGUUAGCUGCCGCGUUCUGUCCUUUUCGCUCUCCUCAAAACUAAACUGAUAUAUAUUGGGAUUUCAUCGUACAAUUUCACUGCCUUGUCCAGCCCAUUCCACGGCUGAUUCCCAACACAGUGGUCAAUUUCAAUAAACUCAACAGCAGGCAAGAGCUCGUUGAUCGCGUCCCCCUUUUCCACUUGCACAUAUCCAGGCAUGAAGCAUCCCCUAUAGCGGUCCCUGUUAACCAGGGUAUGUGUCGUGUCCCCAUACGAUUUGAUCGUAGCCAGCUCUAUCUUCCCACUCCCGGGCUCCUCGCCCCGGAUGAUCGUAGGUCUCAGCACAGAAACCGCGCCAUGAGCCACAGCCCUCUCCCACUUGGACCUAACGUUCGCAUUGACCUGAAAAGCAACAUCCUUUACCCCGUCCCCAUGCUUUUCCAAAUGAGCAUGGAUUUCAUCAAGCAAGACUUUCUCCUCGUCGGAGAUCCCAAAGCUGCUUGUUUCAUCCUCUGCCAAUUUCCCGCAGACGGGAGAGGUCAUGACAAAAGUAGCACUGCCAUUCGAGAUGACAUAUGAGGCCACGGUGCGCGAUCCUGUCUCCGGGCCGCGAUAUGCGAUUUGGUUAAAGCCCAGGCGAGUGAUGAAAUAUGACGCUGCCUGUUUCGCAUUCCCCACGUACCAAGUGAUAUGGUCGAAACCGUAGUACUCCGGACCCAAUAUGGAGGGAAAAAUUUCACCAUUUUCGGUGCCUGUGGUAUCGAAACUCAGGGAGCGGGUCAUGUUUGGGAGAGAAUUGUAUUUUCAAAAAAGGGUAUUUUUAUUUUAUUUUAUUCUUUUUUCUUGAUAGAGGUAUCUAUUGCGGCACAAUUGGGAAGAUCAAUGUCACUAGAACUUCGACCGGAUGUGUUCGGGAACACCCCUCGUUUUAUGGACGGAUUAAAGCGGGCUUUUGGGAUGGUAGGUAUGAUGGCGGGAUUGGUGUCAAUAGGAACUGCGCGAAGAACACGAGGCAUAUCUAGGAAUUUUCAUUUGAGAAAAUGCAGGGGAGGAAACCACGCACAUGCCUAAUAUAGACAGAACAUUCAUUGAAUGUAGGCACAAGUUUUCUUUUUGGAUAUUUCGAGCCAGCAAAGCUGCUAAAUGAAAUGCCGGGGCUGUUGUGAAGACGCUGAGAGAAGGAUGCCCGGAUCUCUCCUUCAACAAACCUCGUACAUGUAUGUAUGUACAUGUACAUGCAUAUCCAGCCCUGCAAGUUUGAAAAUGUUCAGUAUAUAGUGGUAUAGCGAUUCCUUCUGUCCUACACUCGCAAACUUUGUUCAAAGGAAGCGAGGUUGACGAUUGAGAAAGUCAAAACCUUCGCGCUUACAAACAUUCCAGCCAGCUCGGGUGGGCGUUUGUUGCAGCCAUCCACGACACAUAUCAACCAAACAGCCCUGUUUUAUGUAUGAAUAGACCCUCUUGCAAAUCUUUUCUUCACCCACUGCAGGACUAGGUUAUUCUUCCUGGCCUGAAAGAGCGGUGAGCGGUGAGAAUUAAGAUUGUCGCAAAUGAGAUUGCAUUGCAUUCUGGUCCGGACAUGAAUCUGUUGGGCAGGUUUUAUUGGAAAGGAAACAGGUUGAAUUGAGGGAUUCGGAGAAUAGAACUAUAUUUGUAUAUACAUACAGGUUGUAGCACACUUAAAAAAAAAAAAAAAAACGAAUCGUCA